AUGGUGCUGAUCACGGACGACAGGGAUGGAGGAGGCAUCCCCUCGGUCCGGCUCAAGCAUCAGUCACAGCAUCAGCCCCAUCUUCUAAAAGUGCCGGGUAAAGUCACUCAGAUUCACCCAACAAUCACAGAGGAGUCAUUAUCCAACGAUGAGGACUAUCUGGGCUCUUGCGAGGAGGAGGAUGACGACGAUGAAGACUUUGAGGAGGUGGACUUUGAGGACUUGGAUGACUGUAGGAGCAUCGCCUCGGAUGACUCCUUUUACCCGCCAGAUGACCUGUUCGCGGACUCGGAGCGCACGCCGUCACCGGAGAGCCCCGAGCCGCUGUCGUUCUUCCAGGCGUGCUGCACCAACAACGCGGCCAUCGUGCGCAUAAUGAUACGGCACGGGGUCAAAGAGGAGGAGGUCAAGGCCACUGACAGGAACAAUAGGAUCGGGCUGCUGGUGGCCUGUUAUCAGGGCUUUGUGGACGUGGUGAUUGCUUUGUCCCAGUGUCCAUAUCUCGACCCAAACUGGCAGGACAGUGAAGGCAACACUGCUCUCAUCACUGCAGCUCAGGCAGGUCACAUAACUAUCACAAAUUACCUACUGAAUUACUACUGUGGUCUGGACAUCGAGAGGAGGAACUGCCAUGGCUUCACUGCGCUCAUGAAAGCAGCUAUGCAGGGCAGGGUGGACUGUGUGCGCGCUCUCAUGUUGGCAGGAGCUUCAGUGGAUGCUAAAGACUUUGGGCGAAACCUGACUGCGCGGGAGUGGGCUCUAUUCACUGGUCGAUAUGAGACGGCCUGGGUGAUGACACGGCUGAUGGAGAGAUCCUGUCCACUGCAGUUCAAAGACACGUACAGUCUGGAGUGGCCCCCUCUGGCGCCCCUAGUGGCCAAAGCUCUUGAGCCGCGCGGCUGUCUGAAGAGGAUCUCAGACACAGUGAGAAACGUGUUCAACAUCGCCAACGUCACCAACCCUGACGACGAGGGCGUCAUCGAUCACAUGGUGUCUGUGACCACUGCUAUGAGGAGCCCCUUCAUCGCCGUGGCCUGCCGUUCUGUGUGUCCGGACAGUCCACCCGCAGUAGGCAAGCGUCGCUAUGCUGUUCCUGAGAUCCUCCGUCAGCAGCGUGUCAAAGAGCUCCUGACUAUAAACCCUGACCGCACAGACACGCACCUCAAACUCUUCGAAAACUCUUGCGUCACCUUGGUCGCCAAAAACUCCAGUGACCGCCGCGCCAGUCUCCAAGUCCAAGCUCUGGCCCCGAGACCACGCAGCUCCAGCCUGGUCACCUUCAGCAACCCUCUUGAUAUUAGAAGAACCAGCCUACUGCCUAUGCAUAUGAUACUGAGGAGAAGCAGCGUCAGACCUGGGUUUAGUAUCCCAAAAGUACGAGUUUCCAAAGCUCCUCCGACUACAUAUGAACCUGAAAAGAUUCGCCGGAAAAGCAGUGCUAAAGAUGGAGGAGGACAUUUUUUGCAAAUACCAAAGUGGCGCUACAAAGAGUUGAAAGAAGAGAGGAAGAAAGCAGAGGAGGCAGAGAGACGUAGACUGGAAGCUAUUACUAAACGACAUCUCGCCUCUGGGAAAAGGAACUGAUAUGACUGCUUUAAAAGACAUGAUAAAAUGACCAAAAAGCACAGUACGCGUUUUAUUUUUUUACCCUAGAGAAAUAGCCAUGCAUUUUCAAAUUCACUUUUUGUUGUUUGUUGAUGCUGUUACAUGCUCAGGGUGACGAUUGGAGAACCAGCAGUGUUCCAGAGUGCAGUGAAAAUUGUCUGGCUUUUUGGGCUCAUCUUUGUAUCCUUGAGGUAAAAGGAUGCGGUUUAAUAACUGUCAACAGCAUUAGAAGUGCACGAUGGUUGCUCCCAGUAAUGUUUAUACCCAAGGGUUCAUACUUGAAAUGUUUAGAUAACUUAUUUUUCGUAUUUAUUGCUUUUUAAUGGAGUGAAGAUGGCCAAGUCUUUUUUAUGCUUUGGGUACACCAUGUAGAAAUGUUUUUGUAGUGAACCAAACAGGCUCACAAUCUGUUUUUUACAAAGCAAUAAUUUAAUAGUUAACUAGAAACUACUAAUGUGUGCAAGUACAAUCCAAGGGUUUUAACUCAAAUGAAACAGGGAGCAAUAUUUUAGACACAGCGCAGGAAUGUAAUUAACAUUUUUUUUUAAUUUUCUAUAGAGAUCUAACACUAAAUGACUUUUGUUACACAAUAUGAACAGGAUUCUAGCCAUAAAACAAACAUAACUCAGCACUUAGAUCUAUUUUGCUGUAACACUGACACUGCUUUGUCUGAACUUUUUAACAAAUGCAAAUAAA